AUGGCGGCGUGUUGGGCAAUGCGCGCUGGUAACAUUCGCAAGACUGCGCAGUGCAGCAGUCGUCGCUCUUGCUCGUCCACGCCGAUAAAAAGCGCGGUGGGGGCGAUGUACACUGCGUGCAAACGAGUGACAGUCAACGCAGAUCGGAUGGUCCAAUACGAGAAGGAAUUGCAGCUGUUUCCAGCCGACACCAACCCGGCCUCACUGUGGUGGACGAUGGUGCAACUGCAUACGCCCCAGACGACGGAGAUCGAGCUCGUAGAGUUCCUAGAAGGCGCUAAAAUGGCAGCAAAAGCCCAGCUUAAAGCAGUCAACUCGAAGGACUUCGCAGAAUACGCCGCUGGAAUCGCAAGCGAGUCGAAAGCAGCCGAGGAAUUGAGUAACUUCUGUACUCCGAGAUUCUUUGAGAACUUGAGAGAAGCAGCGGCGGACACGUUGAGGGAUAGGAAUAUGACUCUGGAGUUGCAGGAUAUCAACGUCGAGAGUAUCGUAGUGGCUGGUGUGAGGUACGCACAGCUGACACAGACGGAGUAUGAAGCGCAGACGGCUGGACUCGCUGUUCUUCCGUUUUUUUGGGCGUCGGAUGCAUCGAUUGAGUACAUGCAGAUUCAUGUGCAGACGAGGAGUCUUGAGACCACAAAGAUGACGCUUAUCGGCCAGGAGGAAUGUUUUGCGCUGCAAGACAAUUCACGUACGUGGACGUUUGGGAGUAAGGUCGGCAGCGUAGAGGAACUGGAGUGGCGUAUCGUGAAGACCGUUGGAGCGAACAAUGCCGCCAAGCAGCUAUCGCGUACUGUGUACGCUGAUCAAGACAAUGGAGGCAAAAGUGUACCAUCGGAGAGGGAGCAUGGGCUGUAA